UGCUGAUAUGCUGACAUUUUCAAACUCAUUUUGGUUAGGAAUUCAACAAUUUUCUCAUUUAGCUCUUUUUCUUCAGGUUUCCCUGCUAUAUUUUCUCAGUCUCAUAACUGAUGUAGAGGCCACUGACAGGUUUUUUCUCAUGCCACUCCUUUUCGCUUCUUUCUUUCCAGAAACUCCUAGUGUUGUUUAGUAUGGUGGUUCCUGAGAUGCACAGUUGAACUGAUAUUACUACAGCAAUGUUUUUUUAACUCCUACUUCCACGCUUCAGAAUACUUUCACACAGACGACAUGUUGAAGGUCACUGAUGGUGUGCACAAGCUGUCAAUAUUUGUACACUAUUAAUUGGCCACUGUAUGGGCAAAAAUUUCUUAUUUGCAGAUAACAAUAAUGAACUUUUACAAAAAACUUUAAUCUUCCAGUACCAAUAUUGCAUCCCUUUGGACUGGACUGCAGAGCGAUAUUAUCACUUAUCUGAGACGGUAUCCUGCUUCUGAUUGGCUCUUGUUUUCCAAACUGUAAGACUGUCACCCUCAUAAAACCUUGCUUUUGUCCAGUGGCUGAGUAGAAGUAGAAAAGGCUAUCAUCAUUGUAUCAGCACACAACUACUCUUUAUAUGAACCAUGAACUUUGGCCCCUUUUAAGAAUGAACCCUAACCUUGACCUUAACCCCUACCUGACAUAUUCAUACAGUUAUGUUAUGAAAGUCCUUUCUCUGCAGGUUCAGUGCACAAACUUUGUGAUCAAAUCAACCUGUGGUCAAGCAUUGUUCAUAUUUAUAAGCUAACAGCUUUCAUAUAAGCGUCUUUACUGUUUAAGGCUUAGAAGGACAUGAUAUUGAACAUAAAACAACCUUUCAGCAACAAGGUGACAAGUUUUUCCCACAUAACAUACUCUUUGUCUCACAUGUAGCCUGAUGGCACUUUACCUAACAAAAUCACUAAUUUUAGAUGUAUAAAAUCUAUCUAGAAACUCUAUGAAAUCAGGGUAAAAUCAACUUUAAUCUUAGUCAUUUUUUUUUUUUUUAAAGUAGACCCGUAUUACUGGAGAAAUGAAGUAAAGAUGUUGACAGUUUGUGCAGAAAUGUGCAAGGUCUUACCCAGAAAGUACAUCCUGAGUACAUUUAAAUCAUAUCUCCAUUUGUAAAUCCAUGACUUUAUUGUGAUUCUACAGCUGACAUGAUUCAAACCCAUUCCUGUAAGAAUUGGAACGUUGUGAAAAUGUUGAUAGUUUGCAAAUCAUUUAUUUAAUCCUUUAUUCAAUUAAAAUAGUAAAGUAAAAUCAAAGUGAAAACUGAAAAGAAAAGAUAUUUUUAAAAUCAGAAAUAGAAGCUCAUUUCAAGUUUAAUGACAGCAACAUAUUUCAAAACAGUUCACAGUUUCACAACUAUGUUAAACAGGUUAGUAACAUGACUGGGUAUAAAAGGGACAUGUCAGAGAGGCUGAGGCUCUCAGAGGAUGGAAACUUGUUUUGCAAUUUUGAUUAAUGUGCUUCAAAGUAAAACUGCAAAGAAUUUGGGGAUUUCAUCAAUCACAGUACAUGAUAUAAUAACAGAGACUUUGGAAAGAGACAAGCGAAUUUUGUCCUUUACUGUCCCCUCUGUAGAUAACUGAUACUGGAUAGCUAUGAUGUACAGGUGCUCAUAUGGCACUGCAUUAUUUAACAUUAAUAUGACUUUGUAGUGGAAAUCACUUCAUGGGGACAAAGUCACUUCCAAAAUCCACUGUCUCUGAACACAGUUUAUUUCUUUUAUACAAAUGCAGGUUUAGACUGGACCUGGCAAUGAGGAAAAAAUAAGUAAAUACUGACUGAGUCUGAGGUCAUUGAAGAUGGGGCAGCUGUGGCUCAAUUGGUAGAGUCAGUCAUCCCCCAGUUGGAAGGGCUGAGGGUUGAAUACCAGAGCUGUCCAUGUGUUGUCCAAGUGCCCUUGACCAAGACACUUGACCCCGGCUGCCCCUGCUGGCUGUGCCCAGUUCUUCUCGAAUAUACGUCACUUUGGAUAAAAGUGUCUGCUAAAAUUACAUUCUAAGUUCUACAUUGUAAGAUGGACUGAGGUAAAGUACAAGGCCGUCUUGUGGUCUGGCAAAUCCAAAUUUGGCAUUAAUUUUGGAAAUCAUGGGCUCUUUGAUGCAGUUUGAGGAGUGUUGUGUCUGGGCUGUCCUCGAUGUGUAGAUGCAGAAGGAGGCUUCGUGACACUGGCUUGCUUGUAUAAGAGGAGUUUAUUAUAAAGACAAAACCAGUAUCAAUACAGCACUGCAGUUGCUGGGAGAGGACGGCCAAUGAUGUCCAGCUCUCUCACCCGCGUUUUUGGGCUCCUGUUAUAUAGGGUCAGUGAUGUGGGUCCUCCUACAUUUUCCAAGGUAUCUUUGUUACCAUCUGAUUUUUUAUUUAGCCUAGAAAUUUGACCUGUGUCCGGUGACCUGUGACCUGCAAAACUGCAGCUUCUAGGAUAUCCAACCCAGGUACCAUAAAAGAGACACAAAAAUACACAAGCCCUCAUUCCACAAUUGGUCAGCUCAGGCUAUUCCUGAGCAAUGCCUCAAACCCUUGUAUGGUGGUGCAGUACUCCAGAUACCACAUGUUUCCCCCCUUCGAGUCUCGAAAAAGGAAAGGAAAAGGAAAGACAUUUCUACAAUUUCAAAUUAUUACUAUUAUUACUUAUUUUUGGAGUGUGAGAGCGAAAACCUGUCAGGCAGCUAUCUUUCCAUUAUUAUCCAUCAAACAAUCUAGACAGGGAAAAGUCACUCACGGUCCCUCUGCCUUAGGCAACCACCUAUUGUACUCCAAGCCAAUUGAAAAGUAAGGGUUAGACUUUAUGUGAAACCACAAUGUGAAGCAAAUAUUCUUGGGAGUCUCAAAAAUUAGAGUUUAAAAUUAUCCACAGUCAAGCUGGUCUUCCCAUCGGACCUUCCGGUGGAUCUAUCCCUGCCUAGCACCACUGAUCCUAAACCGAGAAAACAAAGAAAACACCUGAGAUCCCAAUACAUUCACCUUACAACUUAGUCUAUGAAUCACUAACCCCCCUUUCAUCCUUUCCAUUCUUCCCAUGCUGUUUGGUAUUUGCAUGAACAUCAAAAUACAACACAGAGAGAUAAACUGACAUUCAAUCCCAGAUUAUCCAUUAACAAACUCUAUGAUAAAAAUGAAUAAUAAUUUUUGCUCCUUAACAUCUUUGGCUGCUUGUGUAGUGUUCUUGUCCAUGGGUGUUCUCCGUUUGUGUAUCCAAUGCAAUGUCCUUGUUUACAUCCUCUGUCAGGUUUCAGUUGUGUUUACAUUGUCCGUGUUUGAUUCUCUUGUUGGGAGGUGUGGAUCCAUUAAGGCUGUUUAGAUCUCUGGAGAACCACCUUUCUUUCGCUGGCUUCCCCAACUGCUGUCCUGAGAAUGAAAAAAUUAAGCAGUAUCUUGCCAAAAACAUACAUUUUUGUUUGUUUGACAUGUUUAUCAUAUUUCCCCCUAAUUAAUACUCCCCCUUUAUGACAUCAAAAUGUAAAACUGUGUGCUGGUCAAUCUUACCCAGAGGGUUUUUCAUCACCCCAUUCAUUUUUACACAGAUACCUUGGCUUUGCGGAUGGUACACAGCUCCCAAACAUUGUUCAGUUCUUAGUUUUUUCAAAUCAGUUUCACUAUUUUAUCCACACACUCUUCUCCAUUAUCUUAGAAUAUUUACUCUGAAAGUCCCCAUCUGCUUAUGACUUCCCUACAUAAGAACUUGGCAACAUACUGAGCAUCUUUCCGCUUGGUUGGACAAGCUUCAACUGUUACACCUUCGAACAUUAUUUUUAGACACAUUGUACAUCUACUUAUGACAUAAUCAAAAAUUUGUGGUGUCCAAAAACCUACUCCUUUAUGAUGUUUCUUGUAACUUCCCCCCUUGCAACAUGUGCUAACCCAUGUGCCUCCUGAAUCAUUAAUCCAAGUAGGUCUGGAGGUGCCACCAUCAGCCCUUCAUGAUUCCUCCACAAUCCUGUGGCAUCCUGUGUUGCACCUCAGUCACGCCAUAACUGUUUGUCUAUUUCCGAGGCCGCUUCUUGCAUUGAGACUAUGUCAGAUACUAGACACGCCCACAUUGUAGGUUGGUCGCGGUGCAUCCUACGGGCAUGCUACUGACCCAAAAUGCACAGCGGGCUUCUUCUUCGUCCUCCUAAAAGUUGUAGGAGCGCAUGUGAUGCUAGUGCCACCAGCAUAGAUGCGUCGCGAACGCCGGCUGGCCACAGCAGCGCGCACCAUAUCGGAGCAGCAGCAGGCGGGAUGUAAGUUUCAUGUAACUUCACACACUGUCCUAAAAAAAUGUGCGGUUGUAUCUCUUUGUCAUGUCAUGGUGUCAUAUUUGCCCAAGUAAUCAUUUUAUGAGCAAAUAUGUGGCGACAUCAUGGCGGUAAAGCUCACUUAUUCCAUCAUUAAACUGCACAGCUGCAGUACUACAGCCAGGCCCGCAGAUGAGGGGCUUCAGUUACCACUGUCUGCACGGGCGCAGUACCUACUCUCUGCCUGCGGGGGUCGUCUUUCCCCACCGCUCGUCUAGUGUGUCCGAAUUGGGCCAACGUGUUUAGUAUGUAGGAGUAGGAUCUAGCAGUAGUAUGUAGCAGUAGCAUGUAGUAUCCGAGUGGGCAAUUCGGACGCAGCACAAGAGUUAAUACAAAAUCGCUUUGCGGUUAAGAUUUAUUAUUAUUAUCUUUUUUUUUUUUUUUUUUUGGAAGUGCUCGUGCCGCCCCCCAUGAGUCAUGACACAAAUGCCGCCCCGGGCGGCUGCCCUGUUCGCCCGUGCCUAGAACCGCUACUGCGCCCAGGUGCUUGACUGGCCAAAAACUUCUGGUACAUCAUAACACAAAAGUAUAACAUAGAGCCUGAAGUAAAAGCCAAUAUGACACAAUAAUUGGAUAAGAUUUCACUUUUAAAACACCAGAAUCAGGUCUUUUGGUUGCCAAAGGUUUACUGAGUGUUGUUGAAAGGUGACGCAACACAUUAACAAACAUGUCCCUGUCACAACUUUUUGUUGCUGGUAGCAAAUUGAAAAUGAGUUUUAUUUUUCUUUAACUGAGAAAUAUUUUAGUUUUAUCAUUUGAUUUAUUGUCUUUGCAACGUUUUUGAUUCAAUAGUUAAUAAGUCAUCAAAUUGAGUUUGAAUCAACACUUUGCCCAGCUUCCAAACUUUUAUACAACUAGGGUUGCCUAAUAGAGUCUGAGAUGUGCAGGAUUAUUCUUUUAAAUUAGAGGAAGUCAGUGGAAGAACUUUUUCUAUCCAAAUGAUCCAUCUGUCAGAGAGUCUGAGUAUAAAAACUGACAUUCAUCGGUGUCCUAAUCUGCAGAUUUCAUGCUCACGUAGUGGAGAGGUGAGGGCAGGUUCAGUGGUCAAAACAAGUUGGAUGUUUUUCCCAGUGAAACCACGUGACUGAGCCCAUAAAUACACAGAGAGAGAGGUCGAGCAGCAACAUUAUCAUCUUCUGCGUCCUCCACCUGCAGUACCGCCGUCCUCUGCGCCCACACACUCCUCUGCUGCUCACUCUCCCUGCGUGUGUGUGACCGUGUGUGUGUUCGUGGCUCCUCCUCCCGCGCUCAUUAAAUGCCGGCCGCGCUCAGCGCUCAGCUGCAGUUGAAAGCAGUAGUGUGAGAGGAGCUGUGGAGUGGGACUUUUGUCAUCCUGACAGCAAGUGGACAGGGAAGUUUCUUCACCAACACCACCCACGAAGAACCAGCCAUGAAGACCAUCCUUGCUGCGUACUCCGGCGUCCUCAAAGGUAACUGGCUGUUUGUGGGUUAGAAAGUGUAACAAGAAGCUGCUGCAGGCAAACAAACAAACAAACAAACCAAGAGUGGUGGUCAAACAAAUCCGGAGCCGGAGGCGGUUCAAUAGGUCAGAAGGACAGUCCACGUCUGUUUUGACCUGUCAUGAUCUCAUUUACUCGAUAGAAGGCUCUCUGGAACAUCUCCUUUAGAUAGGGUCAUGCAAACAUUUUAAAAGAUCUCAAUUUUCAGUUAAGCCUUUGGCAAACCUGCAGAAAUCCCUGCAGAGAAUUGCUGCAGAAAUUUACACCUGGAGAACAAGAAUUUAUCUUAGUAGACUUUCAAUUCCACAAAUGUAGCUUUAACUCCAAAAACUGUUAAAAUUGGAUUAAAAAUGAGUCAUAUGAUCACUUUCAGCCUGUAUACAGACACAAAGAUGCUCAUUGUGGGUGCUUAGGAUGUUUAAUGACGAUAUACCAAAAAAAUCUGAGGAUCUAUUUCUGCAAUGGCUCAUCUGGAUGAUGGCAACACCUGGAUUUUAAGAGGUUUGAUCUCUUUUGCAGUUUGGAUGGUGGUUUCUGGAAAUUCUUGUUUUGCACAGACUUAAAAUGAAAAGUUUUGUUUGCGUCUUUACAGAAAGAGAACAAUCUUUGUGAAGACUCACUUUGCUGUUGAAGUUUCUAAUUCUGAUUUUGAGUUAAAACAAAUUUAAGUCUUACCUACUUCUUUGUUUUUCCUGAAGUGUGCUUUGUAAUUAAGUGAGGGAUGUGUAAAUUUCCUGAUUGGAGCAUUUGAUUCAAGAAUCUGCUUCUCUUUGCGCUCUUUGAGUCUACUUUGGUUUCUUAGAAAUACACUGUUUAAACUGGAAAAACGUUUCCUAUUAAGCUAUUGUUGGACUGCUUCAUGGAUCAAUCUUUCUGUUGCUUUGGUUGCAUCUUGUGGCUGUGUGUGUAGGUAUUCAGACCUAGAUUGUGAAAUUUAGGUAGAAAUAAAGUAUGUUCGCUGCAGCUGAAGGACUUGUCACAGAGUAUGUAAAAGUGGCAGAUGAUGAAAACACAUAGUCCUUAUUUUCUCUCAUGCUUGCAGGGAUGCUAAAAUUUCCCUCUCUUUCACCUUAGUAAGGUAACUGUGGGUAGAUACUCCAGUCUAAUUCCGGAUAGUUUAAUCCUAAUUAACUUCAAUUGAACUCUGAAGCCUUUUUUACCUUAAACAAGGAGUGUGGAUUUGUCCACACCAUUUACAUUGUAAUCUCUUUAUGAAUGGGAGUCUUGCUGCUUGUUUUCACUGAAAAGAUUUCAAUAGAUGUGUUGGCAUUGUGUCAAAAGUGUUGGAAACACCUUAAAAAACAAAAAUAGUUUCUUUUUAGAUGGAUUCAGCAGCUUUAGGGGACUCUGAACAAUCAUUAAAAGUGCUUUUAAGGACCUCUUGAGUCUUAAAGCUCCUCUGAGGAGUUUUCAGUCGGGUAUAAAACAAGCUUAAAUUAAUACUGAUGCCUUUAUAUGAGCUACAAAAGAAAUUUAGACCAUCAGGGAUAGGAUUAAUUAUGUGUUUAGGACAGUGUGCAACGCCUUUGAAUAUAGCAGAAGGGUAGAUUUCAGGCUAGCAUGCUAACAAAGCCUUUAGAUUUCCAACACCAAAGAUGCAGGGUUCAUUCUAUUUUACAUUUUCUUUAUGAAUAAAGUUCAACACACAUGACAAAGAUGAGAUGCUGUUCUUCAAGUCCAUAGAAGUGCAGCAGAAAGACAUCAAAGCAUAUAGAUAGAAAUAUCCAGAAUAAUCGCCCUUAAAACCAACAUAAGUGGCGUGUAAAAUCUUAAGAUAAAGAUCGAUGAGAUAUUCAGUCACACAACCCUUUGUAUAUAAGCAAUUGACAAGAUCAGUAAAGGGAUCAAUUGUUCCACUUCCUCCACAUGAGGGCCCCAAAAAUCAGAGCGUUAAAGUCAUGCAAAAGAUCAGUUCUGCAAACAUACUCAGAAACAUUCAGGAUUUGGAUCACCUGGUUGCUUCAUGUGCAAGACGUGACUGUGUGUGUGUUCCCCUGUCUGUGUUGGCUCAUUCUGGCUCAUAGCAGGACAGAUAAGCAGACAGAUUAAGCCAUCAUUAUAUCCUCUCCAGCUUGUAUCCUCUCUGCAUCACUCUCUGGCUCUGAGUCAAGUAGCGAUAGCCUUUAAGAAGUCAUAGCGUCACGGUUUUACAGGUAAAACCAGCAGCAGCAGAAGGAGCAGAGCGCUGGGUUAUUUUCAGUGUGAACCCAUGGGAUUAGAGGACAGGGGAGGGGGGGAUCUUCUCUCUUAUUGGCUCUCAGUGGUGUGAGCUUGUCUAGCUUUAGUGGCUCAAAGUGUGUCUGUUACUUUUUGCUCCCUGCUCGCACACGGUCUCCUCACAUGUAGAUGCUUUGCUUCACAUACUGUAUGGGCUGGUGACUGAGGAGAGCUGGUGAGUAGCCAAAACAGAGCGACUGAGAUUUAGCUGAAUGGAAAAGGAUGGCUUUUGCUUGUUUGACACCAUAUUGCUGGGAACUUUAAUCUUUUUAUCAGUUUUGUUUCACUAAAACCAGGAAUAGUUUCUCAGAAAAGAGAGUGUUAACUGCACACUCUUUGAAUCUUUUAAGGCGUCAGUAUCUAUUAAUUUGAAUAAUCCACCAACGUGGAUAUUUGACACUUGGAUAAAACUUUUUUCCUGCUUUGUUGUGUCUCCUUGCACUCUUUAUUCUCAGGCACAGGCUCCAGCAUCCUCUCCGCCCUGCAGGACCUGCCGUUAGCUUUCUGGCCCUGCACAUCCAAGAUGGAGAAACAUCUGCAGGUGAUCUCUGUGCUGCAGUGGGUCAUCAGCUUCUUGGUGAUGGGUGAGUGAGGGAGUGAGGGAGUGUGUAUGUAAGACUUAAGCUGUAAGAAAGCAAAAGAACAGAGAGGAGCUAACCUGUAGUCCCAUUAUAGUCUCAUAAGGAGGUCAGACCUCUGAGCUGCUCUCAUACUUGUGUCUGUCUCCUGAUUUCUCUCCGAGCCCUCGGCAGAAUACUUCUCCCGUUCUGUAACCUACAGUAAUCGAUUUUCCUGUCUUUAAGUAACAGCCAUUUCUUUUCAAACACUUGAUUGUGCUCUUCCUCCUCUCUGCCUUUAGGCGCUGCCUGCACUGUGCUGCUCAUCUACAUGUUCUGCACAGAUUGCUGGAUCAUCGCUGCCAUGUACACCGCCUGGCUCAUCGUUGACUGGAACACCCCUAAACAAGGCAUGAAAGUGCACACAUCAAUCACAAACCACUGUCAACACUAACACACUUGGGGUGCAAAGUGGGUGCAAUGAUGCAUCAUGGGAAGCUAAAAAAGUUGCACUAAUUGAAAGUGGACGGUUUAAAAGAGUGUGACGGCACAUGAAUGACUGCUCAGAGACCUCUGUGUUACCUAAACAUUAGUUUAUUGGCUUAAAUGUGAAGAACCAACAAUGGCUGCAUUGAUUUAACAGGAUGUUUGUUAGUCAGGUCAUUAAAUUGUUCAUAUCAGAGAGAUCACGUCGAGUUCUGACUCAACCUACAAGAUGCUGGAAGCUUUUCUAAGCUGAGCUAACAGUGUGGCUUUAUGAAUAGCUAUGUGAGUGGCUCGACUGAUCACUUUGAUUACAACUACAGCUUACAGUAUUUUAUACAGUCAGUUGGAUUUCCACUUUUUUUCCAUAUACUUCUUUUUUGGCACCCUGUUUUUAUGAGUACCAAACGUACCAUGUGACCCUAAAGGAUGGAGUCAGACAAGCUGCAAUCUGCUGAUUGAGAUAGUGGAGGGCCAGGAGAUAUUGUAUGGGAUUAUGUCUCUCCUGAACUGAAGCAAUUUGAUUGCUAAAAUUAUGAACUUCAUACCUUGUGCUAUAAAUGACAUACAGAUAAUGGUUGAAAAUGGGGAUGUAUGCACAGUGACCAGCUGAGCAGAGAGAAGGGCGCAAAGGGAGAUGGAGAUUUCACAAGAAGAAGUAGCCUGGUGUUACCUAGAAAUUCACGCAGUUUACCCGCAACCAAUGCGAUACAUGACAAUUUAUUUUUCCAAUAAAAUUUCACUGUAGGCUUGAAUAACGAGCCAUGCAAGUGAUCUCUUCAACCAAACCACAGUCCUGGAGACCUCAAAAGAAAGGCAUUAUGUGAAACAAGGGGCGUAUCUCGGACCUGCCUUUUAAGUCUGGAAAACAUCCCAAAAGAUCCUCCAUGUUACGGAUUUCACGCUUGUGACAUAAGCAUAGCUGAUACAGAGCCAAUAUAGCCCUCAGCUUAUUUUUCUGUGUAUUUUGGCUGAGAUCAGUGUGGCUUAUUGGAAAAGAAAUCACAGAGCUGUCCAUUGUCUAGAUUUUCAGGGUUUGAGAUGUGCUGCUAUCGUCAGUGGUCUGAGCGGUCUAAAUUGUUAACACACAUGCUAAUAUGGAAAUCAAGUCUGUCCUGGGGCGUAUAGUGCAUGGGUGCAGUUAGCUGUGGAAAUGCAAGUUGAGGUACUUGACCAGCCCUAGGCACUUAGUCGAAACACACUGUUAGUUUGUCUCUGACGUUCCCCUCAGUGUCCACAAAAAAAAAAAAAAAAAAAGGAGUACAGGCCUGCCUGGAAAAGAUCAGACUCCCAGAGAAAGAUGGAUUAUCCAUUCUCCUUCUUCAUAAUAAAGUCUGUAUUAAAACAAACCAUCAAAUGUAAAACUGUUAGCAACAUUGUGAGCAUAUUAGCAUGGUAACAUUAACAGUUCGCAUAAUGAAAAGCUUGUUAACAAAUGUUUUAUUUCUGAAAAUGUAUAAUCUCAAGUACACAUUAAGUUAUUUUCACGUAAAAUGGGAAUAGAUUAAUUUAUUGAUGACUGCUUGUAGCAGCUCCAGUUUUAUUUAUUUAUUUUUAGUAAUUUCUAAUCUGAAAUGUUUCCCUCAGGUGGCAGGAGGUCGUCUUGGGUGAGAAACUGGACAGUGUGGACAUAUUUCAGAGACUACUUCCCAGUUAGGGUAAGUAAGAAGUCAAAAGCAAACCCAAAAACUCCAGAAAGCAGGGAAUGAAACAAGAUGUCUGGGUUGCUACCAGUAUUAGACUGAACCCUGAAGCUGAUGCCACUUUGUGCUUUAACUUGCCUUGACACAAAAAAAUGUUUUUAAUUUCCUUGUUAAUUGAUUUCCAUCCAUACACAGGUUUAUAGAUAGUCUUAUCAGAGGUGUGUGGAGUAUCAGCUGUCAGCUCCAGGCUGUUCCUUGUCCCGUGUUGAUUACGAUGAGGUCCUGACGUCUGUGGAGAGUUUCAGACUUUGUCCUGCCUGAUAGGCUCAGGGGCCCGUUUUGAUCAGUGCUCCUUUAGAUGAGAGAACAAUUUUAGUUCAGGGAAAAGAAGAGAGUUUUUAUCACAAACUGGCACUCAGGCACUCUGUAAAGGGGGGCGGCUCCGUACAUUACAGUAGCAGUACUUGACUAAACUGUUAGUGAGGUCAAGGUUAGACUGUUUAAAGGGAACAAAAGUGUCCUUGCAUGAGUCAUUGACUGUCAGAGGAUUUCACUAAAUCAUCACUUUUUACAAUCUGAAACCUCAACCCUUAGCUGGUAGAUCAAUAGUUCAUUAGCUGCUAAAAUAAUUGCCAACAAUUACCAGAAAACUUUAAAGAGGUGCCAAAGGUACAACACUCCUAAUUACACCAUUAAUACCUUUGCUAACAUUUUCAUGGACAAUUGUGGGUCUUGGACUAUUAAGGGACAAAAAUAAAGCACAUAUGCUGUUUCAAACCUAAUGAUUUGAUUGUUGUUUUUCUUAGAGUGUCUGUCAUAUCAAAGUAGCCUUCAUCCUAACAGUGUUUCACAGUGUAUAAAAGCCCCUCACUGUGGGUAGAAAAGCUCUGUCCAUGUGGUGAUGAGGUUAUCAUCUCCACAGAGAAACUAAAGAGAGAAAAAGGACUGGAGUUGUAGUCCCUGCAGUUGAACUUAGUCCAUCACAUUGAUCUGAACUGUGUGUACUACGGAGCCGUUUGUCUUAGCUGGUUGAAGAGGUCAUUAAAAGACACUCAGACACUGGAUGCCAGCUCUCGUUCAGAGAAAGUAUUGCUGCGAGGCUUACAUCAGACAGUGCAGAUUUUUACUGUUGUGCAAAGUUUGAGUUUGCUGUGAAUGUUGAAAUGUAAGUUGACUAAGCAAAUGCCAGAGUUGAGGUGAGACUUUAGCCUCUGGGCUAACAGCUACGAGACAUCUGUGAGCCAAGUUGGCCAUGCCCCCAGAUGAGCCUAAUCAAACAUGAUUGUAACUUUAAAGCUCCUGUGAGGAACUCUUGGUUUGUGUUGGUUGGCGCCCCCUGUGGAUAAAGUAGACCUUGAUGAUUUUGUACCGUAUAUGUGCAAAAAGAGAAAAAAAUAUAAAGGAAAUUUCCACACACAAGUACUCACCUUAAUUGUAAACACUCUUGUUUGCUAUUUGAGGUCAUCAGCAUUAAUUUCAGUCUGUUUCACAACCUGCUGAAAACUCCUCACAGGAGCUUUAAAAUCUCCAAAAUGGAUGAUAUAUAAAUAAGUCGCCCUCUGUGCAGUGUGUAUGUAGGCUGUACCCAUGUUUAGUCAUGCUGUGCAAAUGUGCAUUUAACAUGGGGUCUCUGGCUCUUUUGAUGUGUUUUCACCAGGGUUGCUGGCUUGGUCAAGUAUUUGUACUUAAGUUGCCAAAAGUUAGAAAAGGUACCCAGAUGAUUGUAGUUGGCCUCAAGUGGGCACUUCAAGAUCUCAGUUUUUUGUACUCUUAUAUUGAUUGCCGUUGGAGCUUGAUGCCUGGUAACCACCAUAAUGUCCACAUGUGAUCUUUCCAGUCUUAAAAGAAAAUGAUGACACAUUGAUGCCAAUCUCAUGGGUUCAAAGUAUCAGAUGACUCUGCAAUGGCUUCAUCUUUGACUCUGAAAUGCUGAUCAUUGAUUGAAUUUAUCAGUCUGUAUUGAUCACGGGUUACACCCUUUCCUGAAGGCUAUCAUUAACUGAAUGUAGGCCGAAUGCUCUUUAUCUGACUUGAAUGCAGGAGUAUUAUUUAUGAGUUGGAGGCAAAGUGGUCAAAGUCUAAACAGCCUUUAAAUCAGAGUGUGGGCUGUAGGAAAUCUGCUGUGUGACUGUUAUAUGAACAUCUGCGUCAAUACUAAAAAACAAAGACUCUUUUAUAGUGAUAGUGCUUGUUUUUGGAAACAUUAGUGCUGGUUUUUGUCAUGUUAGUGCUUGUUUCUUAGCCAGAGCAUCCUGUCUAGUCUGUCUCUUCUCCAGGUUAAAACUUUCUCUACAUCCUCCUGUCCCGCUGUAACCCUGUCACAACCGCCAUGCAGGCCAGGUGGACUCCUGUGGUGCUGCGAGGAUCUUGAGUGUGAUCUCUUUCGCUAAUGCUGUUAUGCAACUGUAGUGUUUGACUAGCCAAGGCGGCCCUGUGUACACAUGGUGGUGAAUCUGAGUGUACAGUACGGAUCAGAGGACUGUGACUGUUUUCAUACAUGAUCCUAUAGUUCGAUAACUUCAGUGUGAAACCAAGAGCUGGAGAGAUGGUGCUGAAAGUUGAAAUAUGUUGCUGCUUGCCCAAGCAGGUGAACCACAUUUUUAUUAGGUCAUUGUUUUAUGACUGUGCCUGAACAGUGUCAUUUAGAGUGUGAACUGAUAAGAAUGAACUCAGACGACUGAAGCACAAGCUGUGUCCUAAAUUUAUACAACAAUCCAAUACUGAACAAAGAAAAAACAAAUGUUGUACAGAAAAAGUGACACAGAUGGUACUCCACAUAGUAACCUACAGUCACACACCUAUACAGAAACAUGCGUGCACAUUGAAUGGGUAACCACGUUUUGCAUUUGUUUAUGCAUUAAAAUUAGUAUUCAGGUGUUACAUUUAAAUGCUGGAGGAAUGUUUACACCCCCCUAUAGAAGCUGCAGCUCACUUUAAAGAUGACAAAAAAGGCUUUAAAAGUGUGCCUCAAACCAAAUUUGCAUGGGAUCAGUAGUUUGUAAUACCCUCUGCAAAACAACUAUGUCUGCGUCAAACAAUACAAAUUCCAGGGCAAACCACCCUCCAUAUUUCAGGACACACAGAGCUCCACUGGUAAUAUUAAUUCAGCAUAAUUGAAGUUUUUAAAGAGAGUUUCUUUGGCAUUUUCUGCUGCUUAUUUAGUCAAAAAUGAUAGAUAAUGCAGUAGAGAUUUAAAAAAAACUUCAGUCUGCCCCCUCUAGACAGAAAUGUCAGGUUUUAGUAUGAAAAAAAAUCUAAAAAUUACGUGAAAAGUGCUGAAGUUUUUUUCAAAUUAGACCUCAAAAAAGGUUGUUUUCAACCAAAAUAAUAAUGAAAAUAGAUCCCAAAAUAAAAUCAAUGUCAGAAAUUAGUGAAGAUCAGUGCGUCACAUUCUAAACUUUGUUUGAAAAGGUCUGUUAUAUGUAUUUGAUUCAGAUUUCCCUCAGCAGCAUCUUUCCUUAAGCCUUUCAGCCAUAUUGCUCUCUAAGCGGGCAUGACUCCCAUCAGCUGUUCUUGUGGGUCCAACACUGUGCCCCUGGUAUAUAAAUCAGCCUCACACUGCUCCUCUUUGUGCCUCUUCUCUUCUAGCUAAUUAAAACCCACAACCUGCUGCCCAGCCGGAACUACAUAUUUGGCUAUCAUCCACACGGCAUCUUCUGCUUCGGUGCUUUCUGCAACUUUGGGACUGAGGCCACGGGCUUCUCCAAGAAAUUCCCGGGUAUCAAACCCUCCCUGGCAACCCUAGCCGGGAACUUCCGCCUGCCUGUCCUGAGAGACUACCUGAUGUCUGGAGGUGGGAGGAUUCAGAGUUCUUUUGAGUUCUUGAAAUGUCUGAUAGUGCCGUAUCUGUAGGAGAGAGGACCUUUGAACAGAUUGCACAGCUGAAAAAAGCUUCUGUUUACUUGGAUCUGCUGAUUUGACAGACUGAUAGAGCUCUAACUGUUCUGUACUGAACGGCUGUUUGUUGUUCAGGCUUCAUCUUUGCCCAAAGAUACUGUACUUACUCUGUAAGGCUACUGUAGGUUAUUGUACAGGUUGUUUCAACAGGUUUCAUUGAUAAAAUAAUCCCCAUAAGACUCUCUCCUUCAGUUCUUAUGUGUAACAGAAUUAUAAUUACUUCUGAGACAAAGGUUUUAUUAAAGCUGCUUCAGAGGUGACAAGAGUACACACUUUGUUUAGUUUAAUAUACUAUGAAGAAUUUUUAAGUGGUUAUGAAACAAAACUGACUUUAGGAUUGUAUGUGACCCACAAAAGCAAAUGAGACCACCACUGAGAGGACUAAUUUUCUCUUUGUUUUUAAACCAGAAUCCAACAGCACACCUAGAGUGACUUUAUAUACACUCUAAUCAGACAAGCAAAGAUAAUCAGCAAAGAGAUGAAAGUGCAGUGCAGCUUUCUCCACAGGAGGCGCCAAAAUCACCCCUGAAUGGCAGCACUUCAUAUUUUCUUUAAGUAUCAGAGCGAGUUCUUGAUUUUAAAAAAAAUGUUUUAAAAAAUAUGUGAAGUUAUGAUAAAUUAAAAAAGUAAAACAGAAGACAGUCUAGGCUCCAUAUUGUACUCAAAUUAAAAGGUAAAACUUUUUUGUAAAGUUUGGGUAAAUAAACCAAAGAAAAAUUUUUUUUCCCAAAAAAAGUGAAAAUACAACCUAAAUCCCAUGAAGGUUUGGUGGUGUGAAGACUUUCCCCAAAAACCCUAUUCAUUGGUUUGCAAAUCAGCGUAUGUCUCUAUUUUAUUGAGUAUAACAACAUUUACAACAUCUUUUUAUUUCCGUGUGGGAACCUUGUGGAAUUUUACUGUUUGAAGAGUAACAUACUCUCAUUUUGGGUUUGAUGCCAGCAACACAUUCAAAAAGGUUAGAACAGGGGCAUGUAGCAUCACCUCGCCUUUAAAAAUCACUGUUAAAAGGAGAGGUAACAACCCAGGAGACCAGUUGUUGAAUCAUUCUUGAUUCUUGUAAGAUUGUAGCUGCACAACAGUGUGGAAAGUCCUUUGACUCGAUUUUGUUGAACAGUGCACCAAUUGUUUUAAUUGAUUGCAAGACAAACAGGCCACUUUAGCACCUUGACUCUACUACUAAGGCGCCAUGCUGUUUGCAAAAUGUGGUUUUACAUGUCUUCCUGAACUAGAAAGAGAUUUAACUCUGUUGCUGAAAUCACUGCAAGUGCCACAAAUCUCUUCCACAAACCACUGUUUAUGUUUAAUUUAGCACUGCCUAAGGGCCCCUGAAGAUUAUGGCCAUCAAGAGUUGGUUGUCAGCCUUUCCUCAGAUUCCCAGAAUCCUUUUAAAAUGUGACAUACAGUAGAUAACUGAAUCCUCAUAUACUAUGCAAUCUUACACUAAACAUAAAUCAGGUACUGUUUAACUAUUUGUUCACACAGUCUCUUUUCCCAUCUUUAUCUCGGCCUCUCUGGAAAGGGUUUUUAUUCUCAGUCAUCUUUUAUUGAACAAUAAAAAUGUUACAGUUUUAAUAUUUCUUACACUAUUUUAUAGUAAACAUAUUUUUAACUGAUUUGCGAACAUUUAUGCAUCAUUUUUGUUCCCUGUGUGGAAAAAGCUGUAUUAUUUUCACUUCACCAGUCCUUCCUUGCACAUGCAUCAGAGUACAGCAAUAUUUACACCCUUGUAAUGUCUCUCUGUCAAUAGACAUGUGUAGGUGGUGUGACAGUGCAACAUUGUUGUUUCACUAUUUGCUAGCAUGAGAGGUCAUAACCGAAGUACAUGUUGUCAAUCACAUAGACUGACAGCUACUUUCAUGGUAGCAGAGGAAAGAACUAGAAAGAAUAACAGCAGAUAAGAUAAUCUGAUGGUUUCAUAGGCUUUUGUAAGCCACAUAAAGACUUGUGUAUCAAGUAUGGUCUGUUUCAGUCAGGACUUGCACAUCAUUAAUAUGAUUAAGUUAAUCCUAAUGAGGUCCUGGCAUGUAGGUCUUUCAUAAUAGAGGACAGACAUGUGUAUGAAUGAGUGGUGCAGUGUAAGCAGUAUGUGUAUAAUAGGGGGGCGCCGGACUAUUCUCUAUGACUGUGAAUGGAGAUUUUUGCCUUUGUAGGUCAGUGUAUUCUCCUCUUUUGCACAGUUUGUUUGCUGCAUAUUUAAUCAUUUCUACCCUCUUUCUCUCCUCAGGUAUCUGUCCAGUGAACAAGAACUCCAUUGACUACUUGCUGUCUUGUAACGGGACUGGAAAUGCUGUAGUCAUCGUCGUUGGAGGAGCAGCAGAGUCCCUGCAGUGUGCCCCCGGCAUGAAUUCAGUCACCCUGAAGAACCGUAAAGGCUUUGUGAAGCUGGCCCUGCAGAAAGGGUGAGCUGCCCACCCCCACACUAAGACAAAACAAGCGCACAGAGGACUAAACACGGCCUUGACCGAUAUGUGAUCUGACAUACAAACAUUAUUGUCAGGACUGCUGAGUCAUGGAAUAUAAUAAGCUCAGAUUAUCACUCACAGAAAAGGUUAAAAUCAGUACACUAAGGGCAGAAACAAAUCUUCUAUGAAUGUGAGGUGUUGUAGUUUGCAGCUGCAGCACUGUUGUUAAAGGGUCAGACUGUCUGAGCUGGCAUUGGGCUGCACUCGCACUACUAACUGUACUACGAAGAGAAGCAGACCUGGUUUUUAAAGAGCCAGCAUCCUUCUCAGAUACUGUUUUGGAUCAGUGUUCACCAUGUCCAAAGAAGAUUAACGCUCAGAAACUUAAAGUUACGCAGAGCUGGAUUCAAAACAACUAGGUUAGAAUUCCAGCUAGGACUGUGAAUUCAGGUCACAAUUUUGCUCUGUCCACAAACUUUUAAGUCUUGAUAUUGAUUCUAAUUCAACAGAGAUGACUAACAGACUAAUGAAUAAGGUUUGCUUUAUUUUUUUAUAGGAUAUAAAAAAGCCAGAGAUAUAAGCUAAGUGCUUCAAAAAAACAAGACAAAAAAAACCUAACAAAUAAAAAGUGAGAUCCGCUUUUUCAACCACAAUUCGUUUUCAAGGCUUCUUUUUUUAGAUUCACUCAUAAAACACCGAGUUUAUCAGAACUAGUAAAUACAUUGAAAUCUUAACCUCUUUCCUCUCUAAUGUUGUGUAUAUAGCAUACAAUCUGUCAUGGUUGUGAGUGUGUACGUGUUUCCAGGAAAAUGUUUCCUCAGAAUUGAGAGGUUGAGAUACUAUCAUCAUAAUCACAAGAUUAUUUCGACUCGGGGAAGUAGAAUUAAGAUGAACUGAAAUGAUUGGAUCUUUGUUGUUGAUUGAAUUUACUCUACAUGGAAAAACAGUCUAUAAACAAACUUAUGUAAUGUAAUCAUCAAUCAGGGCUGUAUGUUACCCUUCAGGAGGGCUUGUAAAUGAUUAGAUUACAAAAAAAAAACAUUUAUAGUGGUGAUAUUGAGCAGUAAGGAUCAACAUGUUUUUCAGGUCCAGAAUACUUUAUGAAUAUCAGUCCAGGAGAAUCCAUGGUUGCAUAAGAUCUCUCAUAUCUUAUCAAACUGAUAGAAAAUAUGCUGCAGCCCCACAGAAAAGGCUUACUUCCUCUGAUUAUGCAUGUAUAAACUAUAGCAGAGUGCAAUAAGCCAAAUGUGUUCAUUAUAUAGAUAAAUGAUACAUAAUGAACAUUAAACAAAAACUGUUCUAUUUAAUAUGUGUUGGCUGUUUGACAUGUAAAGACUUGUCACUCAGCUCUUUAAAGGUGCUUAUCACAGGUGUGCUAUAGAUUACAGAUAUGACUGUAAUAAAACAGUAAAAAAUAUUCAGGCUAUUAAUCCAGGUUAUGUAAACAAGGAUGUAACACGGGUACAAAGGGUAUGUUUCAGCAGUAGGAGGGGUUGUUUUUCAUUUCUGAAGUAUAUCAGAUCCUAAUUAAUGGUUUUAUAAUUCAAGAUUGUAACAGAGUAGAACGUAUAAAAUCUGUUCAUGUGUCCCUCUUUAAAUAGAAAGAGUCAUUUAUUGCUUCCCUUCUGUGUCUCCUCAGGUCCGACCUCGUCCCGGUGUACUCCUUUGGUGAAAACGAUGCCUACAAGCAGGUGAUCUUUGAGGAGGGGACGUACUGGAGGUAUCUCCAGAAGAGGCUACAGAAGCUGUUAGGCUUUGCCCCGUGCCUUUUCCAUGGAUGUGGUCUCUUCUUCGGCAACUCCUGGGGCAUUGUGCCUUAUGGCAAACCCAUCACCACUAUAGGCAAGUUUGUUUACCGCUGUUUGGUCAGUGUGAGGUUAUCUGGGGACUUCAAGUCCAACUUCAAGGGCAUAUCAAUGGUUCACACUGACUUCAUUUGCUCUUUGAAUGACUCAGACUUUAAUACGGUCAAAAGAUUAACCUGAAAAAGUUGGAGCAUGUGGCCCCUCCUCUUCUCAUUGUUUAAAAGUGAAGCUAACUUACCUGUGGCUGACUCUGACGUCCUGUGCUGGUGAUGCCAGAAUCUUGGAAGUAAAGAUCAGCUAGUGGAGCCAUGGUGCUGAUGUUUAGACCUUAUGCCGACAAACACACUCUUCUUACCUUUAUAGAUAAACAGGUAAAACACCUCAGAUUGUCCCAGCUCACAGCAAAACAGAGUCUAGUGUCAAUUUUACUGCACCUGCAACAGAAUAUUUAUUCCUGACUACAUAAUCCAGGUGUGUUUGUCCAUUUUUGAGACAAUGGAUUCUGUUUGACUUGCAUGCUAAUGUGUGUUGUAGGAGUCCAUUUUCAGUCAGUUUUUUUAAAGUCAUGUGAUACUUAGUGUUCAGUUGUUCCUCCUUGUUUCUGCUCUGUUUUACUUACCUGGUUUAAACAGAGUCUAUAUUUGUCAAGAGAGCUGUCAAUCAUGGAGUUAUACACUUUUUAACAUCAAAUAAGUCAUCAAGACUUUAUUUUCAGCAAAAAAAACACAUCUGAUAUGUUUCAGACUGGUGGAAAAUAACUAAAAUGAUAAGAUCCAUGUUUGAGUAAAUUGAUCAGAUUUGUAUUUUGGUUUUUAAUUUGAGUAGCAUCUUAUCUGUCAACAUGGAGGAAGCCUUUCAGGAGCUAUACUGCAGCAAGUCAGAGGCCAGUCAUGUUUAGUAUUUUUGUUAACCCUUUGGACAGAACCAUGAGGAUAUCACAUUAGUGGAGUGCUUCUGUAACGUUUCAGAUUUUUUAACCAAAGCCCAUGCUAGCUCUAUUUCUGAUUAUCUGCCUUGAGUUGAAUGGAGGUUUUCCACAAAGGCUAAUGGCUGAAUGAAAAUGGGGAUUGGGCUUUUGCCAGAUACAACCAAAAGCUUUAACAACCUCCUGCUGCUAUCAGGGGGGACAGCUUUUUUAUCACAGGUUUUACUUUCUAUCUCAUUAUCAUCUUAUUGACACCAGUGUGAAGACCAUGGUGCACAUCUUUUCUUGGGUUCAAUUCUAUAAGCAGGAUGUCUUGUAUGAAAGUUGUCAGUGUAAAUGCAGCUUUUAUAAUUAAUCCUGUCUUGUCCUCUUGCAGUUGGGGAGCCAAUCACAGUGCCCAAAAUCGAGGACCCCUCCGAGGAGAUGGUGGACCUGUACCACUCCAUGUACGUCAAAUCUCUGCAGUGCCUCUUUGACAAGUAUAAGACCCGGUUCGGCCUGAAAGAGAGUGACAUCCUGUGCAUCCAGUGAAAGGACGAAGGGGUUCUUGUUGAAGCUCUGAACUGUAUCGGCAUCUACAGACCCCUCCCCUCCGCCCCCUCCUUCCCCACCCCGUCCCCAUCCAAUCUUGGUGCCCGGUUUGGAUUAUCUCUGAACUGCAAACUCCACACAUGAGCACAUUUGCCUUAGAAAGAAACCUUUGCUCUCUGCAUCAUAUCACACACAUGUUGUCAUGGUUCCUCCUCAGGAAGCAGCGGGUUUGAACUCUGGUCACCUCUCCCUGCUGCAGUCAGUGGGUUUAACAGUCUGAGUUCCACAAAGUUACACCAAACCCCAGUCAGAAAUGUGCCUUUUGAGUCCCUCUUUUAUGAGGUUGAACCAUCUUAUCAGUGCAGUCGGAGGUAAGGUCCACUAGGGGGAGCUGGAGGGUAAAAUACAGGACUUAAAAGUGCCAAUGUUUUCUUUCACACAUGCGUCCACGUAAUUCUCCCUCUGAGAUCCCAUUGUAAGCUGAAUGCACAAACAAUGCAAACUGAAGCUACCACUUUAGUAUUGGGAUCAUAAACCCAAAGAUUAAUUGAGCCAAAGAUGGUUAGUAUCCCCACAGACAGCAUGUAUUUCUACUGUGUGAAUGCCAAAAAUGGAGGAAUUUACAGGGUGGAUUUAUAUUGUGAAUGCACAAUAUGUGUGUGCCUGUGAUUGUAUAAUGCCAUAAAGUAUUAAUUGUAUUCUGUAGAGGAGGGAAAAGCUGAUUGAAAAGUUUGUUCCUCUUUUGAAUAUUUCUGAUGCACUUUUUGUAUUGCUGAUUUACCUUCUGAAGGUUUUUCUCCAGAACAAUAAUGCCUAUGAUAUGAAAGUUUUCCAGGACAGCCACAGUGCUGCUUGGUUUGAUUUCCCUCUCUAAGUCCAACAGGUGUGCAGGUCUGGACAGAUGUCUUUUGUCCAUGCAAGAAAAAAACGAAAAGAGAAACUACAGAUAAGUCCUCAAAUCUGCAAGCAUUUUGGAAUGUUUUGAGCUGCAGUUAAAGAUGAAGUUUUGUUGAUGAAAACCCAGAAGUUUGAUGAUUUCCAGUGUACAGAGGGUCCCUUGCAGAAAUUGUCAUGGGUGAUACAAGAGAAGGGGGGGAUUAUACCAGCCUUAUUUCUGGUACUUAGUUUUUUUGGAGGGUGACGCUUGUACUUCUUGUAUAAUAAGUGUAUGUGGGAGCAGAAUAUAACCUGGGAAUCAUCAAGUGAGUAGGUGUGAGUCAUGUGGAUAGGUGGUAAAUUAGGGAUUAUCAUCUGAAGAGCGAUUUCCUCUGAUUUCACUGUUGUGACUUCUGAUGAACCGAGAGAGAGUGUAAUCCAUGUGCAAUAAUAAAUUUGCAAGGAAAAUAGCCAGACCUGUCUUAUGUGAUGACUAACAUCAUUUGUCUGCCAAUAUUUAAAUAAAACUUUUGUAUUUUUCAGAAAGAGAUGUGAAUUUUUUAAUCUAUUACAUUUACGCCUGCACAUAUCAAUUUGAGUUUACUCAACAAGAUAUUAAGCCUUUUCUAAUUUUAAUACCAUAAGAUAUAUUAGAGUUGAUAUAAACAGGUAUUGAUCAUUUAGAUUAUUUUAAAGGUGCAAUUUAAUUAAAAUAGGUGCGAAGACAACAUUUAAACUGAACACUUUUUAAAGUCAUAGGUUAUUAUUUUUUGUUGUAUAACAUGAUUCAUUAAUUAUUAUUUCAUAGUUAUUUUUGGUGAUAUAAUAAAAAUAAUUGUAAUAAUAAUAAUAUUUGAUACAUACUUAUUAUAAUUUCGCACAAGAAUAAGGUAUUUUUGGUUUUAAAAUAUUUAAAAUUGGUAAAGUUCCAAAGUAAUAAAACAGUUUUUAUUUAAGGGCACCUAAGGUAAUAGCAUAUUGUACUUACGGAAUUUGACUUAAAUAUCACAAUUGUAGCAGUUUACAUGAUUUACAUGAUGUGCUCACCUGCACUUAUUUAACAUGAGUGAUUAUAUGACAACAUGAAAAAUUUGGGCACAAAAGAGUUAUAGAGAUAGAUUUAUCAGUUUAUACUUCAUUAAACUCCCUGUUACUGUUCUGUUUGUUUAUAUGAUCUGGUUCUCGGUUAAGUCAGGGCCAGUUCAUAUAUGUAUAAAGUAAGAGGUGAAUUAUUUCAUCCACAAUUAUCAACUUUUAUCAUCUGUCAGAGUUUUGAGUGGAACAUCUUGUCCUGUAGUGUAAACAGUGAC